AUGCUUUUACGUAUUUGUAUCUAUCUAUCUAUCUAUCUAUCUAUCUAUCUAUAUAUAUAUUUGAAAAGUGACGUCAUGUUUCGUUUGUCUAUCUCUCUCUCUCUCUCUAUCUAUCUAUCUAUCUAUCUAUCUAUCUAUAUAUAUAUAUAUAUAUAUAUAUAUAUGUAUAUACAUUUUGAAAGUGAGAACCUGACGAUUUUCUUUGCUCCCACCUUCCUUUUCUCUUUCUACUUCCGCCCGUCUCUCUACAUUAGAAUUUUUUUAUCUGCUUGUCUCUCCUAUCCCUUUCCUCUCACCUUACUUUUCUCCUCCUGCUUCCUCUCCAAUUCUUUCACGUUCGUCUUUCGCUUACUGUGCUUUCGAAAAUGCUCUUCCUUUUUCUUUCUUUCUUUCUUUCUUUCUUCUUUUUUUUCCUUCUUUCUUUCUUUCUUUCUUUCUUUCUUUCUUUCUCUCGUCCGUCCUUCUUUCUUUCUUUCUUUCUUUCUUUCUUUUCUUUCUUUCGUCCGCCCUUCUUUCUUUCUUUCUUUCUUUCUUUCUUUCUUUCUUUCUUUCUUCUUUUUUUCCUUUCUUCUUUCUUUCUUUCUUUCUUUCUCUCGUCCUUCUUUCUUUCUUUCUUUCUUUCUUUUUCUUUCUUUCUUUCUUUCGUCCGUCUCUCUUUCUUUCUUUCUUUCUUUCUUUCUUUCUUUCUUUCUUUCUUUCUUUCUUUCUUUCUUUCUUUCGUCCUUCUUUCUUUCUUUCUUUCUUUCUUUCGUCCGCCUUUCUUUCUUUCUUUCUUUCUUUCUUUGUUUCUUUCUUUCUUUGUUUCUUUCUUUCUUUCGUCCGUCUUUCUUUCUUUCUUUCUUUCUUUCUUUCUUUCUUUCUUUCUUUCUUUCUUCCGUCCUUCUUUCUUUCUUUCUUUCUUUCUUUCUUUUCUUUCUUUCUUUCUUUCUCUCGUCCGUCCUUCCUUCUUUUUCUUUCUUUCUUUUUCUUUUCUUUCUUUCUUUCUUUCUUUCUUCCGUCUGUCUUUCUUUCUUUCUUUCUUUCUUUCUUUCUUUCUUUCUUUCUUUCUUUCUUUCUUUCUUUCGUCCGUUCUUCUUUCUUUCUUUCUCUCGUCUGUCUUUCUUUCUUUCUUCUUUUUUUCCUUUCUUUCUUUCUUUCUUUCUUUCUUUCUUUCUUUCUUUCUUUCUUUCGUCCGUCUUUCUUUCUUUCUUUCUUUCUUUCUUUCUUUCUCUCGUCUGUCUUUCUUUUUUUCUUUCUUUCUUUCUUUCUUUCUUUCUUUCUUUCUUUCUUUCUUUCUUUCUUUCUUUCUUUCUUUCUUUCUUUCUUUCUUUCUUUCUUUCUUUCUUUCUUUCUCUCGUCUGUCUUUCUUUCUUUCUUUCUUUCUUUCUUUCUUUCGUCCGUCUUUCUUUCUUUCUUUCUUUCUUUCUCUCGUCUGUCUUUCUUUCUUUCUUUCUUUCUUUCUUUCUUUCUUUCUUUGACUUCUCUUCUUCUUUUUUUCAACCUACAACUCUUUUUAACUCUUAUCAUUACUCGCUUAUUUUCCUUUUCUUUUGCUCCCCUUCCUCCUCCUUCCUCCUUCAACACUCUUUUAAACCCUCCUUUAUUAUCUCUUACUUAUCCAUUCCUCUCUCUCUUCACACAUUCCCUUUCUCCGCCUUUCGUCUAUUAAUUUUUUUAAAACCCUUCCGCAAUAUCUCUUUCAUUUGUUUUCUUCUUUCCCCUCAGCUUCCUUUUCUCCUCCAACUUCCGCCUCUCUCUCUUUUUAACCCUCCUUUAUAUCUCUUACUUUUCCACCCUUCGUCUACUUCACUUACGUUUCCCUUCUCUUUUCAUUCACCGUUCCUUUCUCUUCCCACUUUCCCUUUCUCCUCCUCCUUUCCUCUAUCACUCUUUCGAAACCCUUCCUCCAUUUCUUAUUCAUUUCCUUUUUACUUUCGUCUCACCGAGCUUUUCUCCUCCUACUUCCGCCCGUCUCUCUUUUUAAACCUCCUUUAUAUCUCUUACUCUUUUACCCUUCGUCCACUUCUCUUACGUUUCCCUUCUUCUUUUCUUUCACCUUCAUUUUCUCCUACCACUUCCACCUCUCUCAUUUUAACCCUCCUUUAUAUCUCUUACUUUGCCGUUCCUUUCUCUUCCCACUUUCCCUUUCUCCUCCUCCUUCCGACCGUCUCUCUUUUUAACCCUCCUUUAUAUUAUCUUACUCUUCCCACUUUCCCUUUCUCCUCCUUCCUUCUAUCAUUCUUUCUAAGAUCUUCCUCCAUUUCUUCUUCUUCUUCUUCUUCUUCUUCUUCUUCUUCUUCUUCUCUAUUUUGCCAACAACUCCUUUUAAAUCACUCUUUCACAUCUCUUUGUUUUCUUCUUCUUUAUUUCUCUCCUCCCACCCGAAAAGCUCUCCUUUAUAUGUUGUACUUCACAUUUCCUCACUCCAUUCACGUUUUCUUUCUCUCCCUUCUUCCGGUUCCCACUCUUUCUAAGAAGAGCCAUCAUUUUUCCUCCCUUACCUUUAUUCCCUCCUCUCACUAUCCUUUUCUCUUUUACUUUCUUCUCUUUGCUUUCUACUCACAUUUUCUUCUUCUUUUUCCUCACCAUCUAAUAACUCCCUCUUUCUAUCUCUCUCAUUUCUUGUCUCUUUUCUUCUAUCCGUUUCUUUAUUCUUCUUCAUAUUUCUUUUUUGUUUUUGUUUCCCACUCCUCCCAUCACCGACCCCAUUGCGCCUUUUCAUGCACGUCGAACCCACCCGGGUACUAA